AUGAAAUCCUAUCAGAAGCUGGCCGCCGAUGACCCCCUGACUACGGAGUCGGGGGACGAAGCUGCUGACGAGAACCCUUUGUGCCACCACAAGCUGUCAGCGUGGUGGAUGGGUGGGGGUCUCCUGAUGGUCGCCGGCCUGCUCAGCGGGGUGACUGUUUGGGUUCUCGGCCAGAUUUGGUGGAGCCAGCACCUCGUGCCCCUCCUGACGAAGUGCGCCUCUGUCCCCGAAAACCUGCGCUUUGACUGUUACCCGGAACGGGACACUGUGGUGACGAGAGAGCUUUGCGAGAAGCGGGGGUGCUGCUUCGUCGAAACCGACCGCCCCUCGGGCAGCGCCAGGGGGGUCCCUUGGUGCUUUUACCCCCCAGAUUUCCCCAGCUACGCCUUGGGGAGCGUUAAUGCAACGCAACUGGGGGUGGUGGGCUUCCUGACCAGGCGGACAAAAGCUUAUUAUCCGAGGGAUGUCGCGAAACUGCAGCUCACGGUGGAGUUUGAAACGGACACCCGCUUGCAUGUCAAAAUUACCGAUGCCACCGGCCCUCGGUACGAAGUGCCAAUUGACGUUCCUCGGGUGACGAAGAGAGCGGAGAAUCCUGUGUACACCGUGGAGUUCUCCAAGGACCCCUUUGGGUUGAUUGUGAAGCGCCGGACUUCAGGAGCUGUGCUGAUAAACACAACUGUGGCACCCUUGUUCUUUGCGGAUCAGUUCCUCCAGAUUUCGACUCUCCUGCCUUCCAAAUUCCUGUACGGGCUCGGGGAACACCAGAGCAACUUCCUCCACAGCCUGGAGUGGAACACCUUAACCUUCUGGGCCCGAGAUAUCCCUCCCACGGACUCCUGCAACUUAUAUGGUGUUCACCCGUUUUACCUGGUAAUGGAAAACGGUGGAAGCGCCCAUGGAGUUUUCCUGUUGAAUAGCAACACGAUGGAGGUGGCUCUCCAGCCCGCACCUGCCCUCACCUGGAGAACCAUUGGGGGCAUUCUAGAUUUCUACAUCUUUUUGGGACCGGAUCCCAACUUGGUGGCGCAGCAGUACCAGCAAGUGAUUGGAUUUCCAGCCAUGCCACCGUUUUGGGCGCUGGGAUUCCACCUCUGCCGCUGGGGAUAUGGAACGAGCAAUGAGACCUGGGAGGUCGUAAAGACCCUGCGGAAUUAUCAAAUUCCCCAGGACGCACAGUGGAACGACAUCGACUACAUGGAUAGCUACCGGGACUUCACCACGGACGCCCAGAACUUUGACACACUACCCCACAUGGUAGAAGACCUACACAAGCAUGGACAGCGCUACGUGAUGAUUCUGGACCCCGGGAUCAGUAGCACCUCCCCCCCAGGUUCUUAUUGGCCUUAUGACGAAGGCUUGAAGCGUGGAAUAUUCAUCAACACUACCCAAGGGAAACCUCUGAUAGGGAAGGUCUGGCCCGGCCUCACGGCUUACCCUGACUUCUCUAACCCGGACACUCAUCAGUGGUGGCUGGAGAACCUGAACCGUUUCCACGCCCUCGUCCCCUUUGACGGCGUUUGGAUCGACAUGAACGAGCCGUCUGACUUCAUGGACGGAUCCCAGGAAGGCUGUCCCCAAGGGGAACUGGAUCGGCCGCCCUACGUGCCCGCCAUAGUAGGAGGCUCCCUUUCGGCCAAGACGAUCUGUGCCUCAGCCAAGCAAAGCACCUCCGAGCACUACAACCUCCACAGCCUCUAUGGGCUGAUGGAAGCCAAAGCCACCGCCAGUGCAUUGAUCAAAAUCCGAGGGAAACGACCUUUUGUCAUCUCGCGCUCCACCUUCCCUAGCCAAGGGAGGUAUUCAGGGCACUGGCUCGGAGACAACCGAAGCAACUGGAAGGACAUGUUCUGGUCAAUCCCAGGUUUGCUGAGCUUCAGUCUCUUUGGAGUCCCGCUGAUCGGAGCUGAUAUCUGCGGCUUCUCGAGCUCCACCUCAGAGGAGCUCUGCGUUCGCUGGACGCAGCUGGGCGCCUUCUACCCAUUCGCACGAAACCACAACACCAUGAACGAGAAGGCCCAGGACCCGACAGUGUUCAGCCCUGCGGCACGGACCGCCAUGAAGGAGGCGUUAGAGACCCGCUAUGCCCUCUUACCAUUCCUCUAUUCCCUCUUCCACCGGGCGCACCUGCAAGGUGACACCGUCGCCCGACCUUUGUUUUUUGAAUUCCCAAAAGACGUGUCCACCUACUCAAUAGACAAGCAGUUUCUGUGGGGGAGGGGACUGUUGGUGACCCCAGUCCUGGAUCCUGGCACAGAUUCGGUGGUUGGCUACUUCCCAAGAGGAGUGUGGUACGAUUACUACACGGGGUCGUUGGUGAACAGCAGCGGGGAGAACCUGAAAAUGGCAGCACCUUUGGACCACAUAAACGUGCACCUCCGCGAGGGGACCAUCCUGCCAACUCAGAAACCGGCGAGCUCCAGUUCAGUGAGCCGUAAGAACCCCCUGCGCCUGAUCGCAGCUUUGUCGCAGAACUCCAAUGCCUGGGGAGAUCUUUACUGGGAUGACGGAGAGAGCCUGGACACCUUUGAGAAGGGUGACUAUUCCUACCUGGUGUUCAACAUCACUCAGAACACCUUCAUUUCCACCGUCCUGCAUUCCAACGUGGAAGCGACCUUCGUCACCGUGGGGGAACUGACUGUCUACGGGGUCCGGGAUGAGCCAAAGAGAGUGACCGUCAAUGGAAAGGAGGCGCCCUUCUCUUAUUUGACAAACCAGGUUCUCUCCGUGGGCAACCUGCAGCUGAACCUCACCCACGGAUUCUCCAUACGAUGGAUGUGAGG